UUACUGUCACUGUGUUACAGGUGUGGACACUGCCAACGGCUGCAGCCGACCUGGAAUGACCUGGGGGACAAGUACAACAGCAUGGAGGACGCCAAGGUCUAUGUGGCCAAGGUCGACUGCACGGCCGACUCGGACGUGUGCUCCGCCCAGGGCGUGCGCGGGUACCCCACCUUGAAGUUUUUCAAGCCUGGCCAAGAAGCUGUGAAGUACCAGGGUCCCCGGGACUUCCAGACACUGGAAAACUGGAUGCUGCAGACCCUGAACGAGGAGCCCCCCACGCCGGAGCCGGAGGUGGCACCGCCCGUGGUCCCCGAGCCCAAGCAGGGCCUGUACGAGCUCUCGGCCGGCAGCUUCGCGCAGCACGUGGCGCAAGGAGACCACUUCAUCAAGUUCUUCGCCCCGUGGUGUGGUCACUGCAAAGCUCUGGCUCCGACCUGGGAGCAGCUGGCUCUGGGCCUCGAACAUUCCGAAACUGUCAAGAUUGGCAAGGUUGACUGCACGCAGCACUACGAGCUCUGCUCCGGAAACCAGGUCCGAGGUUACCCUACUCUCCUCUGGUUCCGCGAUGGCAAAAAGAUCGAUCAGUACAAGGGCAAGCGGGAUUUGGAGUCGCUGAGGGAGUACGUGGACUCGCAGCUGCAGGGCACCGAGGAGGGCACUGUGUUGGCAUUGACAGAAAAUAACUUUGAUGACACCAUUGCAGAAGGCAUAACUUUCAUCAAGUUUUAUGCUCCCUGGUGUGGUCACUGCAAGAACCUGGCCCCCACUUGGGAAGAACUCUCUAGAAAGGAAUUCCCUGGCUUGGCGGAGGUCAGGAUCGCCAAAGUGGACUGCACCGCGGAGCGCAGCAUCUGCAGCAAGUACUCGGUACGAGGCUAUCCCACACUGUUGCUUUUCCGCGGAGGGAAAAAAGUCAGCGAGCACAGUGGGGGCAGAGACCUGGAAUCCUUGCACCAUUUUGUUCUGCGCCAAGCGAAGGACGAACUGUGAGCCCGGCUGGAAGCCGCCUCCCCGCCCGGCCCCGGGCCCCGGCGUGCGGGAGCCCAGCCUCGCAGACCUGCCCACGUUCAAGCGGCGGUGACUCAGAGCUCUUCCCCGCGUGCGUGUGUUUUUCAGCCAACAGACGCUGCAGGGCCUUUCUUAAGUUUCUCUAAGUAAACGUAAGUCAUGAUCCCUUCGCAGACUAAAUAUUUUCAGUGGUGACCUGUCAUCCCUUGACCCUUCCCUUGGUGAACUCUCAGUGGUUUCCUUUGAGACUAAAUAGAGUCGAGGAAAAUCGACUGUUUUUGGCUCCAGAGUGAUUUGCUGGCAGCAUCAUUCAGAGCGUAGUUUUUGAAUUCUGGAAAGGUGGCCUUGGGGCAGCACUGAUGUCGCUCUGAUCCGAAGGCCAGUCGACUGGUCAGUCACGAGGUUGGUCUGCAGCUUGGAGCAGAGGUGAAAAACCAGCCCCACCCCUGGGAGCGCCGCCUUCCCAGCCCCACAUGGGUUUUGUUUCUGUGGCUACUUCUCUUACGGGGAAAGCUAUCUCAUGGAGAGAGGUUCGCCGUCGGGAAAGCAGUGGUCCUCUGGCCACGUGCCCAAGUAAGACCAUGCCGACGCCACGGUCCCAGGCGUGUGUGGAUACUUGACCACUCACUCCUGCUCAAGGGAUACUGCUGUCUCUCAGGAGUGAAAGGCUUCGUUAGUUAACAUGAAGCCAGUCCAUGCGAACUUUCAGAUUUGAUGUCUUCCCCUGGAAGUUUAGAAGUUUCCACACAGCCUUUCCCGUUAGCUCCUGGGAAGAUUCUGGUUGUAUUUGCCACCUGGGGCAUGAGGACCAGAUGAGCUUCCCCAGGUCCUGGGUGUCAGGGUCUAAGGAAAGCCCGCAGCCCCGCUCCUUGGCCCUAGCUAGGAGGGGUUUCUGGUUCAGCCCUCAGCGGUCCCUUUAGAGGCAGUGGCCUGUACUCUGCCUUCGAGGUCAGCCUCCUGCCGUAUGAAGAGUGGAGUUAACAUGACCCCAGGACCAAAGACAAAAGGAGGCAGGGCCACGUCACCACUGAUGCUAGCGUCCCAAUGGUUCACGCCACCCUGGUUAGGAAGCAUUUUUACCAUCACCCUUGGAAGUCCGCAGCUACAGAACUAGGCUCCCUUAAGGUCUGUACCUGUCCGUCCUUUGCCAUCAAGUUACUUCUCGUAACACCCCACUGUGCCCAGCGGCCGUGCUCAGGGGAUGUGGUCACCGGCACAAAGUAACUGGUGGUGCGACCCUUAGAAGACAGACCAUGUCUGCUGUCUGCGGCAGACGAGCACAGCAGGACCUCGGCCAGCCUCUGCCUUAAAGGAAAUCUUUAUUAAUCAUGUAUGGUUCACAGAUGUUCUUUUAAAGGAAAAACAACCCAACUUUCUGGAGAAGCACAAUCUGAGUGGCUUCCGCUUGCAUCAUGAAUCCUGUUUUCAAAGAAAAUCAAAGUGGUACAAUUUGUUUACACUAUGAUACUUUCUAAAUAAAUUUUUUUU